CGGUAGUAUGUUUCAGCCCGGACAUAUUUCAGACCGGACCAACAAGAGAUCGGGAGUGCCGAUCGUUUUGGUAACCAGCUUCUAAACCAACCGUUAGCUUUGUGGAAACCAGCCUCUUGAACCAGAGAUGCCCAAAAAGAAAACCGGCGCCCGGAAAAAGGCAGAAAGUCGUAAAGAGCGAGAGAAGCAGUUCAGAGCCAAUCGUGAUGUUAUUGAUGUGGCUAAACACCCCUGCAACUUUAACAUGGACUGUGACAAAUGUCAGAGAAAACAGAAGAACAGAGCUUUCUGCUACUUCUGUAAUUCAGUGCAGAAGCUGCCUAUCUGCGCUCAGUGUGGCAAAACCAAGUGCAUGAAGUCAUCAGAUUGUGUCAUCAAACAUCCUGGGAUCCACACCACUGGAAUGGCCAUGGUGGGGGCAGUGUGUGACUUCUGUGAAGCUUGGGUGUGCCACGGCAGGAAAUGUCUGAGCACUCAUUCCUGUGUGUGUCCUCUGACUGAUGCAGACUGCAUAGAGUGUGACCGCGCUGUUUGGGAUCACGGAGGGCGAAUCUUCCGCUGUUCCUUUUGUCAUAACUUCUUGUGUGAGGAUGAUCAAUUUGAGCACCAGGCGAGCUGCCAGGUCCUCCAGGCAGAAACGUACAAGUGUGUUUCUUGUAAUAGACUGGGUCAACACUCCUGCCUGCGCUGUAAGGCCUGCUACUGUGAUGACCACGCAAAGAGUAAAGUCUUCAAACAGGAGAAAGGCAAAGCCCCGCCCUGCCCUAAGUGUGGUCACGAGACCCAGGAGACCAAAGACCUCAGCAUGUCGACUCGCACGUUGAAGUUCGGCCGCAAGGCUGGUGCCGAUGAUGACGAUGAUGACGACGGAGCGUCAGGGUACGACGCCUACUGGAAGAACCUAGCAUCUGGAGGAGGCCAACGGGAUGACUAUGGAGAUGAUGAUGACGAUGACGAGGAUGAUGAUGAUGAUGAGGAUGAGGAGGAGGAAGAUGAGGAAGAAGAAGAGGAAGGUGAAGAGGAAAAAGCUGCUGAGUCCGUGGCUGCUCUUAAACUGGACGGGGCUGCCUGAGCCGAGACAGUCCCAUAGAUCAUAAUGAGCCUCGGCGGAUGUUCACUUGUCACAAUGCAGGAGUCAGUAGGGACUUACAUGAAGAGCUCAACUAAAGCUGGGUAUCGAUAAUAAUACAGAUGCUUUUUCUGAAAUAUAACGUCAUAUUCAAGAUGUCUUUACUGUGUAAUACGUGUUGUUUUGCUGAGCAAUUCAUCUGCAUUUUAUGGUAAUGCGACUCAGAGCUUAUCCAAACACCUUGUCAUGUUUACCCUGAUCCUUGUAAUCAGCUGCAUUUGUGGAGACACAUUUGUGUUACAUAUGC